UGCAUAAUUUCGUUAACUGCCUUCCUGCCCUUUGUGCUGCCCUGCCUUCGACCAGUUUCACCAGUGGUACUUCUAAGGUUUUCUCAGUUCUGUCUUGUCAUUUCUUCAGCGUUCUGAGGUCGAUCAAACUGAAACUCCAGCUGGUCCGCCUCUUUCAGUAAGAGACAGCAUCGUGGCAGUGGAACCUGCAUUAAAACAACAGAUGUGUGAAUACCAUUGGAUGAUGGAAGUGUAUCUUCACCUGUAGUGGAACUGAAAGACUUGUACUUCUACAAGUUGCUGGCUCAAACCAGCAGCUACCAAGGGAAUGGCAAGGAUCCAAUCACCUGAGAAGUCUCCUGACAGAGAAGGACCAGUAUCUCCUGAACCCAGUCAUGUUUCUGUGAGAAGUGACAGCUCCAUGGGCAAACCUAUCAACUUCAAUGACGCACAACAAAGGUCUCCUGACAGAGAAGGACCAGUAUCUCCUGAACCCAGUCAUGUUUCUGUGAGAAGUGACAGCUCCAUGGGCAAACCUAUCAACUUCAAUGACGCACAACAAAGGUCUCCUGACAGAGAAGGACCAGUAUCUCCUGAACCCAGUCAUGUUUCUGUGAGAAGUGACAGCUCCAUGGGCAAACCUAUCAACUUCAAUGACGCACAACAAAGGUCUCCUGACAGAGAAGGACCAGUAUCUCCUGAACCCAGUCAUGUUUCUGUGAGAAGUGACAGCUCCAUGGGCAAACCUAUCAACUUCAAUGACGCACAACAAAGGUCUCCUGACAGAGAAGGACCAGUAUCUCCUGAACCCAGUCAUGUUUCUGUGAGAAGUGACAGCUCCAUGGGCAAACCUAUCAACUUCAAUGACGCACAACAAAGGUCUCCUGACAGAGAAGGACCAGUAUCUCCUGAACCCAGUCAUGGUUCUGUGAGAAGUGACAGCUCCAUGGGCAAACUUAGCGACUUCAGUGACAACCAACAAAGGUUUCCUGAUGAAGAAAGAUCAGUCUCUCCUGAAUCCGGCGAUGCUUCUGUGAAAAGUGACUCACAACAAAGCAAACUCCAGCCACAGACACUGAAAGAGAUAGGCAACCGAUCUCACGAUAACCCACUCGACUUCGACAGAGCUUCAGAGAAAGAUGCCAAACAUGAACUCAGAGAUCACCUGAAGAAGAGAAUUCUCCAAGAUUAUAAAGAUCAGAGUCAAAAAGAGAUUGACACAGAACUCUUUGUGAUAAAAGCUGACAAAAGCAAGAAAGACAAACCACAAGUUCUAAAAAAUUACAAUGAAAUAUUUAAACCAUCAAAGGAAAAUACAACAGGAACAGUUCUAAUGAAGGGUGUUCCUGGUAUAGGCAAAACAUUUCAAAAAGGGAGGUUAAUGGUUGAUUGGGCAAAAGGACACUCCAACAAAGACAUAGACUUGAUUGUGUCAUUUAAUUUCAAUCAGCUAAAUUUACAAAGCGACAAAAUUCAAAGCAUGGAAGAUCUGCUUAAUAGUCUCUUCAGUGGUUUCAAACCACGACAAGUUCCCACCUAUGACAAGUAUAAAAUAGCUUUUAUCCUUGACGGCCUGGAAGAAUGUAAACUUGAUCUUGACUUUGAAAAAGACAAGAGCCUGACUGACAUAACAGAGCAAGCCUCAAUGGAUGUGCUGCUCAAAAGCCUCAUCAAGGGGACGUUGCUUCCCUCUGCUCGACUGUGGAUCAUCUCUCAACCUUCAGGAGUCGACAAGAUUCCCUCUCAAUAUAUUCAGAAAGUGACAGAAUGUCGAGAGACCUUGAAGCGCCGACAGCAGCUGGUAUCAAACCUGAAGAAAAGACUUUGUCGAGAAUACUCUCAAAAUGAAGACAAAACUCAUCGUAACCAGAAAUACACUGAACACAUUAUUGAGGAAAAAUGUGUUGGUGACGCCAAUGAUGAAGAGAAAAAUGGAAAGCAAAAAUCUUUCAAAAAAGUGAAUGAAACAUCUGAAAUCUUCAAAUGUAAAAAAGGACAGAUAAUAAGAACUCUGCUUACUAUUGGAGAACCUGAUGUUGGAAAAACCUUCCACGUAAAGAAGUUCAUUAAAAAAUGGGCAGAAAAUAAUGAUAAAACAUUAUUUUCCACUUCGUCUUGGACCCGUUUCUUCAAAGGGAAGGAUGAUGAAGAACUUAUAUUUCCAGUGGACGUCUUAAAACUUAAUCGGAUAAAAGAGGAAAAAAUCAGCUUGGUGGGACUUCUUAAUCAUUUAUUCGAGGAGACCAAAGAAUCUGUCAUAUCUAACUAUGAAAAUGUCAAAGUUUUAUUUGUCUUGGAUGGACUGGACCGUUAUCAACGACCUCUUGACUUCGACCACAGUGACAUUUUGAAAGAUGUCCUACAGCCAGCCUCAGUGGAUGUGCUACUGACAAACCUCCUCCAAGGAAACCUGCUUCCUUCUGCAAAGCUCUGGAUAACCUCCAGAUCUUGCUCCCUGCCUGAUGAGUCAUAUGACAGGAUGACAGAAAUACGAGAGAAAGAUGCCAAGGAGGAACUCCGAGAUAACCUGAAGAAGAGAAUUCUAAAAGAUUAUAAAGAUCAGAGUCAAAAAAAUAUUGACACAGAACUCUUUGUGAUAAAAGCUGAUGAAAGCAAGAAAGACGAACCGCAACUUCUAAAAAAUUACAAUGAAAUAUUUGAUCCUUCGAAUAAAGACAGAACGCGAACAGUUCUAAUGAAGGGUGUUCCUGGUAUCGGCAAAACAUUUCAAAAAGAGACGUUAAUGGUUGAUUGGGCAAAAGGGAACUCCAACAAAGACAUAGACUUGAUUGUGUCAUUUAAUUUCAAUCAGCUAAAUUCAAGAAGAAGCGAAACUCUAAGCAUGGAAUAUCUGCUUAAGAGUUUCUUCAGUGAUAUUAAACCACGAAAAGUUCCCACCUAUGACAAGUAUAAAAUAGCUUUUAUCCUUGACGGCCUGGAAGAAUGUAAAUUUGAUCUUGACUUUGAAAAAGACAAGGACCUGACUGACAUAACAGAGCAAGCCUCAAUGGAUGUGCUGCUCAAAAGCCUCAUCAAGGGGACGUUGCUUCCCUCUGCUCGACUGUGGAUCAUCUCUCAACCUUCAGGAGUCGACAAGAUUCCCUCUCAAUAUAUUCAGAAAGUGACAGAAUGUCGAGAGACCUUGAAGCGCCGACAGCAGCUGGUAUCAAGCCUGAAGAAAAGACUUUGUGGAGAAUACUCUCAAAAUGAAGACAGAACUCAUCCUAACCAGAAAAACACUGAACACAUUAUUAGAGAAAAAUGUGAUGGUGACGCCAAUGAUGAAGAGAAAAAUGGAAAGCAAAAAUCAUUCAAAAAAGUGAAUGAGACAUCUGAAAUCUUCAAAUGUGAAAAAGGAAAGGAGAUAAGAACUGUCCUUACUAUUGGAGAAACUGAAGUUGGAAAAACCUUCCAUGUAAAGAAGUUCAUUAAAAUAUGGGCAGAAAAUAAGAAAUCACGUUUCAAUUGGUUAUGGACCACUAUUGGCAGAGCAAAGGAUGAUGAAGAACUUAUAUUUCCACUGGACGUCUUAAAACUUAAUGGGAUAAAAGACGAAAAAGUCAGCUUGGUGGGACUUCUUAAUCAUUUAUUCAAGGAGACCAAAGAAUCUGUCAUAUCUAACUAUGAAAAUGUCAAAGUUUUAUUUGUCUUGGAUGGACUGGACCGUUAUCAACGACCUCUUGACUUCAACCACAGUGACAUUUUGACAGAUGUCCUACAGCCAGCCUCAGUGGAUGUGCUACUGACAAACCUCAUCCAAGGAAACCUGCUUCCUUCUGCAAAGCUCUGGAUAACCUCCAGAUCUUGCUCCCUGCCUGAUGAGUCAUAUGACAGGAUGACAGAAAUACGAGAGAAAGAUGCCAAGGAGGAACUCCAAGAUAACCUGAAGAAAAGAAUUCUCAAAGAUUAUAAAGAUCAGAAUCAAAAAGUGAUUGACACAGAACUCUUUGUGAUAAAAGCUGUCGAAAGCAAGAUAGACAAACCACAACUUCUAAAAAGUUACAAUGAAAUAUUUGAAGCUUCGAAGAAAAACACAACACGAACAGUUCUAAUGAAGGGUGUUCCUGGUAUUGGCAAAACAUUUCAAAAAGGGAAGUUAAUGGUUGAUUGGGCAAAAGGAAACUCCAACAAAGACAUGGACUUGAUUUUGUCAUUUAAUUUCCAUCUGUUAAAUUCAAGAAUAGGUAGAUCUCUAAGCAUGGAGGAUCUGCUUAAUAGUUUCUUCCGUGAUAUUAAACCACGAAGAGUUCCCACCUAUGACAAGUAUAAAAUAGCUUUUAUCCUUGAGGGCCUAGAAGAUUGUAAACUUGAUCUUGACUUUGAAAAAGACAAGGACCUGACUGACAUAACAAAGCAAGCCUCAAUGGAUGUGCUACUCAAAAGCCUCAUCAAGGGGACGCUGCUUCCCUCUGCUCGACUGUGGAUCAUCUCUCAACCUUCAGGAGUCGACAAGAUUCCCUCUCAAUAUAUUCAGAAAGUGACAGAAUGUCGAGAGACCUUGAAGCGCCGACAGCAGCUGGUAUCAAGCCUGAAGAAAAGACUUUGUGGAGAAUACUUUCAAAAUGAAGACAGAACUCAUCCUAACCAGAAAAACACUGAACACAUUAUUAGAGAAAAAUGUGAUGGUGACGCCAAUGAUGAAGAGAAAAAUAGAAAGCUAAAAUCAUUCAAAAAAGUGAAUGAGACAUCUGAGAUCUUCAAAUGUGAAGAAGGAAAGGAGAUAAGAACUCUGCUUACUAUUGGAGAAACUGAUGUUGGAAAAACCUUCCACGUAAAGAAGUUCAUUCAAAUAUGGGCAGAAAAUAAGAAAGCACGUUUCAAUUGGUUAUGGACCACUAUUGGCAGAGCAAAGGAUGAUGAAGAACUUAUAUUUCCACUGGACGUCUUAAAACUUAAUGGGAUAAAAGACGAAAAAGUCAGCUUGGUGGGACUUCUUAAUCAUUUAUUCAAGGAGACCAAAGAAUCUGUCAUAUCUAACUAUGAAAAUGUCAAAGUUUUAUUUGUCUUGGAUGGACUGGACCGUUAUCAACGACGUCUUGACUUCAACCACAGUGACAUUUUGACAGAUGUCCUACAGCCAGCCUCAGUGGAUGUGCUACUGACAAACCUCAUCCAAGGAAACCUGCUUCCUUCCGCCCAGCUCUGGAUAACCUCCAGAUCUUGCUCCCUGCCUAAUGAGUCAUAUGACAGGAUGACAGAAAUACGAGAGAAGCCUGAUGUCACAAGUCAAAAGAAAGUCAAAUCUCAGCUGAAGGAGCAAUUCACCUGGGUGUCUGAGGGGAUUGAUCAGGACAAAACCUCUGCUCUUCUGAAUGAUGUCUUCACAAAUAUCUUCAUCAUAGAGGGACAGAGGGGAGACGUCAAUGCUCAGCAUGAGGUCAGACAGACUCAGGAGGCAAAAUUCAAACCAGUAACAGAAGAAAAGCCCAUUAGUUAUCAUGACAUCUUCAAACCUGGAUGUGAAAAUAUACCAAUUAGAACUGUGCUAACCAUCGGAGUGGCAGGCAUUGGAAAAUCUUUUGCAUCAAUGAAGUACAUGCUGGACUGGGCUGAGGGUCAAGCCAAUACACACAUACACUAUAUAUUUCCUCUUCCAUUCCGGGAGUUGAAUUUGCAAAAAGACAGAGUGCAGAGUUUCGAAGAACUUCUUCAUCAGUUCUUCCCUGCUAUGAAGGAAUCAGAAAUAAGCAACUAUGACAAGUACAAAGUGCUGUUUGUCCUGGAUGGCUUCGAUGAAUGUCGCCUUGACCUAGACUUCAGUCAAAAUAUGGAUUUGACUGAUGUGAAAAAGAAAACCUCCGUGAAUGUUCUGCUUGCAAACCUUAUCAAAGGAAACUUGCUUUCUGCAGCUCAAAUUUGGAUCACCUCCCGACCUGCAGCAUCCAGUAAUAUCCCUGCUGAUAAAGUUGACCGGGUUACUGAGGUGCGAGGAUUCAAUGAUGACCAGAAGGAGGAGUACUUCAGGAAGAGAUUCAGUGAUACGGAUCUGCUUAUGCAAAUCUUGUCACAUGUCAGGGAAUCAAGGAGCAUUCAUAUCAUGUGUCACAUCCCAGUCUUCUGUUGGAUCACUUCAAAAGUUCUGGAGGACUUUGUGAUUCGAAAGCAAGAAGAGGGCAUGCCCAAGACGCUGACUGACAUGUAUCUUUGCUUUCUUUUGCUGCAAUGCAGACAGGCUAAUGUGAAAUAUGGUGAUGAGGAGACAAGUGGGAGUUCUGAAACAGAUUCAUGCUGGAAUACAAGGAACAAAGACACAAUCCAAUCUUUGGGAAAACUGGCCUUCGAGGAGCUGGAGAAAGGAAACCUUCUCUUCACUGAAGAAAACCUGACAGAAUGUGGUAUUGACAUAGAAAAAACUGCAGUGUUCUCUGGAUUAUUUACUCGGGUUACACGAGAAGGUUGUGGACAGUACCAGAAUAAUUUUUUCUGUUUUGUCCAUUUGAGCAUUCAAGAGUUUCUGGCAGCUUUUUUUGUGUUUCAUGAGUUCAAUAACAAAGGAGAAAAUCUGCUCUCAAAACCCACCUCAGUGGUUGCAGACUUGUCUGCAUCGGACUUCUACAAGAAAGCUGUGGACAAGGCUCUAGAUAGUGAGAAAGGAGACUGGGAUCUGUUCCUUCGCUUCCUGCUUGGUCUCUCUCUGGAAACAAAUCAAAGUUUACUGAAAGACCUUCUGAAAAAGACGGAACAUAACACAAAGACCAACAAGGAGACAAUUGACUACAUCAAAGGCAAAAUUAGUGAAGAGAUCCAGGAUUCGGAUAAAAACCUCAAUCUUUUCCACUGUUUGAAUGAGCUGAAUGACCAGUCCCUUGUUAAAGAAGUGAAAAAGAAGAUGCUGUCAGAGAAGAAGGCAUUUGAAAAUUUCUCUGCCUCCGAGUGGUCAGCUCUGACUUUUGUGCUGCUUAUGUCCGAUGUGAACCUUGAUGUGUUCGAUCUGAAAAAGUACUUGAAAUCAGAAAAAGUUUUUCUGGAUGUGGUCAAAGUCUCCAAAACCAGCUUGCUGAGUUGGUGCAAGCUCUCUGAGGAGUCCUGUAAAGGUCUAACAUCCUCAGUCCUCACUUCCACGUCCUCUAAUCUCAUAGAGCUGGACCUGAGUCAUAAUGACCUGCUGGAUUCAGGAGUGAAGCUACUUGCUAAUGGCCUAAAGAAUUUACAAUGUAAAGUAGAGAGUCUCAAGCUGUCGGGUUGUCAGGUGACAGAGGAAGGCUGCUUUGCCCUCGCCUCAGCUCUGGAUUCCAAUCCAGUUUCCCCCCUGAAAGAGCUGGAUCUCAGUUACAACCAUCCAGGAGACAGUGGGUCGAAGAGGCUCACUGCCAUAGUGGACGAUCCAAAAAAGAAACUGAAGACAUUGUGUUUGGACCAUGGUGGAGCACAUCGGUUGAAGCCGGGAUUGAAGAAAUAUGCUGUAGAUUUGAAGUUUGAUGAAAACACAGCCAGCAGGCGACUUGUUUUUUCUGAAUCAAACAGGAAAGUAGGAACUGUAAAGACAGUUAAUGAGAAAGUUUCACGACCUGCAAAUGAUCAGAGGUUUAGGAGGUCUCAGGUGUCUGUUGAGGAGGGCUUGAAAGGCCUUUGCUACUGGGAGGUGGAGUGGAGGGGGGAAGUUGGCAUCUCAGUGGCAUAUGGAGAAGUGUCUAGAAAAUGGGACAGCAGCGGUGGCCUAGGAUGCAACAAGAUGUCCUGGAGUCUUUGCUGCUCAAAGGCUGGGUACAAAGCCUUACAUGGGAAAGAAUACACACUUAAAAAGUUGUCCUGUUGCCAAAAAAUAGCAGUGUUUCUGGAUUGGGAGGGCGGCAGGGUGAGUUAUUACAGUGUGACAUCAGAAGAGUUGAGCCUUAUACACACCUUCUCUGCCAAGUUCACACAACCACUCUUCCCCAGCUUCUGGUUCAAGAAGGGCUCUGUGACUUUGUGUGAGAUCGACUGAAGGACUCGGUGGUGGGAGGAGCUGAGGACCUGAUGCCCUGCUGAGCAUUUAGUGUUGUAAAAGCACAAGUGCAUCAUUUCAGUUCUUCAACAAUAAUAUGUCACGCUGUUCUUGUUCAGUUGUUCAUAGUAAAAGUCAAUAUUAUCAGAGUAAACGAAGAAAUGAAGUUAGAUGACACUGACAGCUUUUUUUUCCCAACUGGUUUCAUGCAAACUUUUACAUUGUUACAUUUCACGUUUACUUAUACUGAUCAUUGUGUUUACAAUUUUUUUUUUUUUUUGUGAUACGUCAUAGGGCAGCUAUUCAAAACGAAGUGUCUAUGGGUGGUUAUUUUGUGAGUAGCUACAAAUUGUAAAAAUAAACAUGCAGGAGCCGAUUUCACUUUUUAUGCUCCACAGAUCUGGAAUAAAUCAGAGCUGCCUCUACAAAUCUACUGUAUUUGAUUGUCUGUUUUGUUUCCACCAUUUUAUAAAUGCUCUGUGUUUUAUGGGACUUGUAUGUUGAUAUAAAGCACUUUGAAUUUCCGUUGUGCUAGCUUAAUAAUAAUGAAUUUGCCUCACAUAAUGUAUUAGUUGAUAUUUUAACAUGAAUCUGCAAAAUAACUAUUAACUAAAGUUAGAAGGAGUAAAAAAAAAAAAAAAUUGCCCC